GCGUGCCAUGCUUUUUGAUGCGCACUGCCACCUCCAGCGUCUCCCCGACGCAACCGCGCCGGACACCUGGGUCGACCGCGCACGGGCAGCCAGGCCGCUUCCCGUGUGGGGCUGCGCCGUGUGCGGCUGUGAAGUGGCGGACUGGGCGCAGGUCGAAGAGCUUCACAGGCGCUUCCCCGACUUCGUGGUGCCCUCCUUCGGUAUCCACCCCUGGUGGGCCGCUGGCGCCGACCUCGCGCGCCUGCCGGAGCAGCUCACUGCGCAGCUGACGACGUGGCACACUGCUGGCGUGGGAGAGUGUGGCUUGGACGGCGCCAAGAAGAAGGACGCCAAGAAGAAGGUCUGA